AUGAGCCUCCCUGUUACACCUGUCAAGAGCAAAGUGUGCAGUACAUUAUCGAUACAACAUGAGAUGGACCAUGAUCAAUGCCGUGAUGUGUUGUGCCCACGCGAAAACUUACUAGCCAUUAAUAGAACUAAUAAUAUAGAGAGUGUUGCUAUACCGCGACAGAGAUCGAGCAAGAACAAGAAACCCCAUGAGCAUACACAAUCGCAGGUUCGAUUUUCCAUUCCAGAUCCAAAUGAAAUAUCACAGGACUCCCCACUGAAAAUUGUAUUCCCCAAGAGUGGAAAUGAAACCGAAAGAAGAAUGUCUACUUCAUCAUUACUUAUGAAUAGCCAUGGUCAUUUAGUCGACAUGCACUCUAAAAUACUGGUCGAUGUCCCUAAAGAAGUUUGGAAGUUUCAUCAUAACAGGAGAAAAAAAUGUGAAAGCAGGCACCGUAAAACUCGUUCUGAUGUUAGGUCCAACACAAGUAGUAGUGGAAAAGAACCAAACCAUUCUAGAUCAAAAUCAUUACAGUCGAUCAUUGUGGAUACAAUGAACACAUAUCGUGCAACCGAGGUUGAGACCAGUAUUAAUGAGAAUACUAGUAAUAUUAGCCAAGUAUCUCCGCUGAAUUUAUCAUUUGACAGGCCUCCUCCCUUAACUCCCGAAAAGAAUUUAUAUCUCACUCCUGAAUCGCCAUUGAACAGAUAUCAUUUACCAGUUCCAUUAGAAAUAUCUCUGCCGCCCUACUUAUCUCCGCAAAACAAGGAUAAAAAGAGGAGUAGCUUGGUUUACGAUGGGGAUGGCUAUAGCCAGUUUCAAGAAGGUAACACCUCAUCGUCAACUGAAUCUUCUCUAGAACAGCCCUCAUCGUCGUAUUCAGAUGAAGAUGAUUCUAUUCCAUAUGCCCACCAUGAUGUGUCUUUCGAGUUAAAUAAUGCAGAUGCUGAUAAGCUUCUUGGAAUUGAUGAGAACGCCAACGUCAAUCUGAAGAUACAAAGGAGAAAUCUCAAAAACCCACAACAUAUUAAGAGUAAAACAGAUAGGGAAUGUGAGGAAAAAAACACUGAAAAAAAUGUUUCGUUAAAAAUUCUGUCAACACCAAAUAAACUGAUAGACAUCCCCGACUUAGAGCACAUGAAAUCCCCACCAAGCACAGGUUUAAAUGGGACAUUAAAAUUUUUCCAGCAGUUUGAACCUAGCGAGGAGCCAACUUCUCCAACUCGCCAAGUUAACCCUGAAUCACUGGACAAACUCGAUAUGUCAUUCAAAUUUCCCUCCAGUACUACUAACAAUAAUGUGGAUAAGGUACAUGAAAAUAGAAACUCUGGAGACACGAACAAUGAAGAUUUCCUGAAAGUUGAUACUUCGCCUGUGAAUCAAUCAUUUGAAUCCAGAAGACAGAUGUUAAUAGACUUGCAAAAAUCUCCGACGAAUAAUAAUCCGAGGAUACAUAAACAUAGGAGAAGCAGGAGCGUUCAUAAUAUUGAUGACAUUUCCUUAAAUUUCGAGGCAACCUCCACACCACCAGCUCCGACCUCUGCUCCCUCAAUUCCUGUUGAACAUUCUAACCCAUGUACUUCCAUUGAAAUACCUAAGAGAUCACCCUUACGGUUCACGUCAUCUCCAAAAACAUCUGAUAUUCCUCCUGAAGCUCAAUCACCUAAAAAUGGGUCCUUCCUCCAAGAAAUCUCGGUACCUUCGAUUCAAAUUAUACCAGAUGAAAGUAUCUCUCAUACAAGAGAACCAUCACCAUCACUUAUUGAAUGCCCAGAGGAUGAAAACGAAGCUUUUUCUACUGAAGUUGCUGACCAUUCUAUUGCAAUAAUUAGUGAAACAAAAAGUGUUCCAUCGAUAGAGCCAUUCAAACCGCUAUCUUCAUUCAAUUCAUUUGGUCAAGAAAUUCAAAACAAGGAACCAACUCCUUUGAACCAAACUCCUACAGACUUAAUUGGUAAACAAAGAAACUGUGUGAAUCCGCAUUCAAUUCCAUUUAGUGUUUUAUCUUCCAAUAGCCAAUCGUCACAAUCGGGUAGUAGUAAAUCUUCCUACAAUUCUGAGUUUUCUUCCAAUACUGCCAUUACGGAUACAACAUCUCAACCUUCUGUGACCAUUAACAGGUCAACUUUAGAACAUAACUUUAUAGAAGAAAAACGAUCAAUUAAAAAUUUAGGUCAUGGUCCUCCAUCCCAGAAGAACAACUAUUCGUUCCCCAGGAAUAAGAAUACUCCUUCAAAUAGACACGAUUUGGAUUUUAAUACCAUUUACGAAAAAAGAGAUGGUAAAAUGGUUGAGGUUAUUCUUUUAGAUGAGGAUGAAGAUGUAGGCCUCAAAAAUAACGAUAUAUCACGAACAAGAGUCUGCCAUGCUCAAAAAGCUAAAAAUGAGCAACAGAAGAAACGUCUAAGCCAUUGCAACGAAAUUUUGGGCAUGUGUGAUAAAACUGCAGAUGAUGCAAAAAGAAUUAUUUAUCAACUGGUAAAUGAGAAGCAUAAAUUCUCAGAAAAAGGACAACAAACAAAGCCAAAAAAAUCAAGAGUACUUCCGCCGUUGCCUUUUCCACUGUAUGAUGAAAAAGGGAAUUCUUUGAUCCCGAACAAGUAUCAGUCCAGUAUUCAUAACGACAUUCCAUCUCAUCGCAAACUAAAAUAA